AUGUAUAGUACAUUAAUAUCAACAGCAUACUGGGGUAGUAUUAUUGCAGCGACAGGAUUAAUAUGUAUUGCUUCAAUAAUAUAUGCAUCACAAGAAAAGUUAUUAUAUAUUCCAGAUAGAAAUAUUGUACUUCAUCCAUCACAAUUUGGAUUAGAGGAUAACUUUGAAGAGAUAUUCUUAACAACAUCUGAUGGUAUUAAAAUUCAAACAUGGUUUUUUAGACAAGAAAAUUCUAAAUCUGUACCAACAUUAUUAUUUUGUCAUUCAAAUGCUGGAAAUCUUUCACAUAGAUUAGAUAAUAUUAGACACUUAUUUGAAAAUGUACGUUGUAAUGUAUUGAUUUUAUCAUAUAGAGGUUAUGGUAAGAGUCAAGGUUCACCAACAGAGAUCGGUUUAAAAAAAGAUAUUGAUGCAUGUAUGGAAUAUUUAUUAAAUGACCCAACCAUUGAUCCUAAUACAAUCAUGUGUUUUGGUAGAUCUUUAGGUGGUGCCGUUGCAAUCGAUACUGCAUAUAGAUAUCCAAAUAAUAUUAAAGCAUUAAUUUUAGAGAAUACAUUUGCAUCAGUACCAGAUAUGGUUGAUGCAGUUUUACCAAUGUUAAAAUUAUUUAAACCAUUUUGUAGAAGCAGAUGGGAUAGUAAAGAGACUAUCAAACAUAUCACUUGUGAUAUAUUGUUUUUAUCAGCCAAAAAUGAUGAAUUAGUACCAGCUUCUCAUAUGAAACUUUUAGAGAAACAUGCUCAUCAAUGCAAAAAGAAAACUAUUGUUUUUGAAAAUGGUAGACAUAUGGAUUUAAUGUUUCAACAUAAUUAUUAUAAAUAUAUUAAAGAAUUUAUGUUAGAAAAAUUUGGUGACUAUAUCUAA